UUUAUUCUUUAUCAUGACAUGUCGUUUGUUCUUCAUUACAGUACAGGAAAAUAUGACAUCUAGUUUUAGCCACAAAUAUACAAGUUUCCGUAAUUGCUGUGCAGACUCUGGAUGGAAUUUUAUCAUCAAGUCUAGAAACAAAGCUAACAAUGGUGCCUGGACCUAUAAACAUUUUCCCUCUGAUUCCGCUGACGACAAUAUGUGUUUUGCCUUCAACAGAAUCAUUUCCGAUGCGAGUCAACGAAAUUGCUUUUCGCCCUUUGCCAAUAUAUGCGAAUUCUCCUUUACGUUCAGUGGUUCCUUCAGUUAAUCCGGACCCUUUAGAGAAUAUAGGUGUGGAAUUUAGCCAGGGUUACCUCAUGGAAGGUGAUAUCCGCAUUUGGGAAGGUUUUAAUGCACAAGAAAAUACGGUUAUUGUUGGUAGUUCAAGUCAAACGGUAAACAGAAAUCCAAAUCCAAAUACAAAUUCAAAAGAGAUAAGAAAUUCACUACGGUCAGAGAAAUUAUGGACAGAGAAAGUCAUUCCUUAUGAAAUAGAUCAAACAUUUGAUUCUAGAGAAAAGAUGAUCAUUAUAGAUGCAAUAAAUGAUGUAAUGACAGGUGUUAAUAGAUGUAUAAUAUUUGUUCCAAGGGAAAAGCAAGAAGACUUCGUGUAUAUCUCUGGGCAAGAGAGAGGUUGUUGGAGCAGUGUUGGCAAGAGAGGUGGGAAUCAAACAGUUUCGAUUUCACGUAGAUCUGGAUGCACAUCGAAAGGCAUAAUCAUGCACGAAUUACUACAUGCUCUUGGCCUUUGGCACGAGCACAGUCGAGCUGACAGAGACAAAUACAUAGAAAUCCUUCAAAAUAAUAUAAGACCAGAUUAUUUGAGGAAUUUCAAGAUCAAGAAAGGUAAACUACUUACCGCUUAUGACUACUAUUCCAUUAUGCAUUACAAGACCAACCAGUUUUCGAAGUGUUCCAGGUCGUUGAAAACAAUAAGAGUAAUUCAGCCAGGAAUCGACGAAACGAAAGUAGGACAACGAGAACAGCUCAGCGACAAGGAUAAGGAAAAGAUCACCACGCUUUAUCAGUGUAAAAAACGGUCGGCAUGUCCAAUCAGUUCCAUUCAAACACAGCAGUACUCAGCAGAUAAAGGAAUAACAAUUGGGAUAAUGACGGGGAAUCAGACAAAAGCGUUCCGAACAGUUCCAGGGAAUCAAAGAAAUCCACUGGGUGCAAUGUUUACAUUUCCAGUAUCAAAUAACAAAGAAAGGCAACAAAUUUUUCAAUGAUGAACUAGGCUUUGAGCCAGAGUGAUGUACCGUCCCCAACACGGAAUUUUCUUAACUAUAAUUGCUUUGGAAGUCCAUUGUCCUGAAAUCAUAUCAAGAACCCACAAAUAUUUGGUACAAUAAAAUGAGGGGAAAAUAACGUGUGUUUUCAGUUUAGUGAUCCUCACAGUACAUUAACUUUAUAUUCUAUCCUUUUUUCUAUACAUGUGUUUUUAUAUAAAUGGCAAAUUAUUUUGGAAAAGUAUUUAUUAAAACCCAAGUUACAACACUUGAAUAAAGACGAUACAUUCUG